AUAUUCCCCAGAUUCGUGAUAGACGAAGCGCACUGCGUCUCACAAUGGGGUCACGACUUCCGACCCGACUACAAGCGGCUGUACUUACUGCGACAACGCUUCCCCGGCGUCAAGAUCAUGGCGCUAACUGCCACCGCCACGCCGCGCGUGCGCAUCGACAUUCUACACCAGCUGCAGGUGAACAGCUGCAAGUGGUUUUUAAGCAGCUUCAACCGGCCCAACCUGGCGUACAGGAUCUUAGAGAAGAAACCCAAGAGCGUGAAUCAGGAUGUGGCCAAUCUUAUCAAGGAAAAGUUCUUUAGGGCCUCCGGCAUCGUGUACUGUCUAUCGCGCAAAGACUGCGACAACUUGACUCAAGACUUACGGCGUUCCGGCAUUCAGGCGGCGUCAUACCACGCGGGGCUCAGUGACAAGCAACGCGAGGCUGUCCAGGCUGGAUGGGUCGCUGAUAAGCACAAAGUGAUCUGCGCAACGAUAGCCUUCGGCAUGGGCGUGGACAAAGCUGACGUGCGCUUCGUGGUGCACCACAGCAUGCCCAAAUCCGUCGAGGGAUACUACCAGGAGGCGGGACGCGCCGGACGAGACCAGGAGCCCGCCGCCUGCCUGCUCUACUACUCCUACUGCGACGUGCUGCGCCACCGCCGCAUGAUCGACAUGGAACGCAACUCAGUGGCGGAAGCCAAACGGGUCCACAUCGAGAACCUCCUUCGGAUGGUGGAGCUAUGUGAGAGCGUGACGGAGUGCCGCCGCGCGCACGUGCUAGCGUACUUGGGAGAACGGUUCAAUAGGGAGCUGUGUAUGGCUGCGAAAGAGACUGCUUGCGACAACUGCUUGCAAGCGCACGAUUACAAGCCGGUAGACGUGACGGAGGAGUGCCGCGUGAUCGCGCGCAGCUUACGCGACGCGAGCCGCUCGGGGCGCUCGCCCUACACGCUGCUACACGUGGCCGACGCGCUCAAGGGCUCUAUGCAGCAGCGCUUGAAGCCGCUGCAGGACUCGCCGCUGUUCGGAAAAUGCAAGUCAUGGCAACGAAGCGACCCUGCCCGCUUGCUACGCCAACUGGUGGUGCGCGGGUUACUAGCGGAGCGCCUCGUGGUCACCAACGACAUCGCCGCCGCCUACCUGGCGCUCGGGCCCAACGUCGACAAACUAAUGUCAGGCAACCUGCGCAUAGUGUUCCCUAUGAAGUGCGACAAGAAGGCGUCUCUACUGGCGCCAGCCGCGCCCGCCGCCGCCGCCGACUCGCCAGUGGCUGCCCUCGUCAAGCGCAUCGAGGAGCGCUGCUACGCCGACCUGGUGGAAGCCUGCAGAGAAAUGGGUGCGGCGCGCGGUGCGUCCCUUGCGGCAGUCCUACCACAAGCCGCUCUCAAGGCUAUGGCGGUGCGCCUGCCCGAGACAGCUGAGGACAUGUUAGCGCUGCCUCACGUCACGCGCGCCAACUACGACAAGUACGGAGCCGACCUGCUCAAGAUCACCUCGGGAUAUGCGGUCGAGAAGAUCGGCCUGCUAAUGCAGUACCAAGACGAGCUAGAAGAGGAGAAGCCAGCGGAUGACUUCCAGGAGUCGGGAGGUGACUCCGACACGGACUGGGCGCGCCUGGGCCAGGCCAGCCAGAGCAGCACGGCCAGCCAGCGCGGACGCAAGACCUACCGCGGCGGCGUGAGGAAGAGAUACAAGCGUAAAGGCACGUCGUCAGCCAAGAAGAAAGCCUACCGCAGUUCCUACACUCGCGGACGCGGCUCCAAUAGCACCUCUACUGGUUGGGGCAGCGCUUCUACUAGUAGGGGCGGAGCUAACACUAGUAGGGGCGGAGCCAGCAGUAGUAGGGGCGGAGCCAGCACUAGUAGGGGCGGAGCCAGCGGUAGGGGCGGGGCCAAGCUAGCGAGAACCGCUGCAACCAAAGCUCCGAGCAAGCUGGGCAGUAUGCCUGUCCCGAGGACCAAUUCCGCCGUCAUCAACACGCGGCCAGGAGUCUUUAACCCUUCUAAGCUCAACUUGCUGUGAAAAAUGUAAAGAACUGCUACAUUGCUAUAAUCUACCUACAAUAAUUUAAUACCAGUAAGUUGAUUUAUUUGGCCCAGUCAAUCGCUGCCGGUCAUCGAUUGAACAGGGGCUCAAAUGUACCUGAUAUUUCAAUAUAAUUAUUAUUUAAAUUCGAUCUGGACAUUUCAGCUUGUGAAUCAAAACUCGAUUCAAACACCAAUAUGUGUAAGAAUCUGUGAUUAGUUAUUUAAUCUAAUGUUGAAACUUAUCACAGGCGCCAUUAUUACUUUUUGUCUAGUUUAGAUUUAUAUUGUGACUGUAAUUCUCUAUAACUUUUUAUUUAUUGAAUCGAAUUUAAAUACUGAUGU